AUGUCUGCUGAAGAUGCAGGCCAGCAGCACGAGGCCUUGGCGCCUGCUGAUGUGCCGCUGUCUGUUGGGUUUUGGGAUGCAUUUGCCUCGGGCUCAAUGUGGACUGCACCCGUCCUCGCGGUGUUAACGUUUUCGCAAGUUGGAAGGGAUCACCUCUUGAUCCUUGCCACUGAUGGCAGCUCUCCACUUGACGGAUCAGAAAGCAAGGAGCACCUGAAAAGGUUUCGGGUGGCACUUUCUGAGCUAGCAAGCUUUAGUAGCAAUGACAGCAAUAGACCGCAGGCAGAAAAAGAGCAGCAGUGCCUGGAGAUCCAGUAUGGCCGCCUUUUGCUGAGACGCGAGACACUGCCGUGCGAGCCCAGAUCGCUUGUUAACCGACUGAUAUCUCUAACGGUUUAUUCUAAGUGCAUCAUCAAGGGCCGUCAGACACCCGUGGUGACGGGUAUUCAACUGCUACCAGGGCACUGGAUUCGGCCAAAUGCACCCCUUGUGAGUCACUCACUUUAUGCAACAGACAGCAGCAAUGACGGCACUGGUCAUUUCGAAUCAAAAGUAGCAGAGCAAUCGGGAGAUAGCCCAGCAGCACCGACAGCGGCGGAGGUGCCAGGAGGCGCACUACCUGCCAGAAAGCGCCGAAGGGCAGCGAGGGGAGAUGGAUCCAAAGAAAAAUCAACAAAUUGCUUGUCGCUUGUCUACGCCCACAGCCGGUCGGGCCCUGUAGCAAAGGCGCAACGGGGUGUUCGCACAGCCCUUUCUGAUCUGCACCUAUACUCUCAUCAGUGGGAGAUUCUUGCUCGCAUUUCGUACAAGAGUGAGGUGAAGAGCUUUGCAAAUGCCAAAGGAGAAAGUAGUCUCUUUACUGUUCACCUGAUCGACAAUCAGGCCACUGAAAUUCGUGCAACCUUCUUUGGCCGGGCAGUAGCUCUCUGGUAUUCCAAGCUGCAUGUUGGAGGGCUGUAUACUUUUAGCAAGGGCACUUUGCAAAGAGCCAAUAAACUGCAUAACCCUUUACCUCAUGAGGUGGAGAUCAAAUUCGAUGCAGCCGCACAAAUAGACGAAGCACCAGACGAUCCUCGUAUUCCUCACCAAAAGUUUGAGCGCGUCAGCCUCGCGGAUAUACAGCAGCGGCCAGCGGGGACGUUGGCUGACAUCCUUGCAUUUGUGGUGGAGGCCAAGGAGCCACAGACCAUCAUCUCUAGGACGAAGAAUGAAGAAUUGGUGCGGCGGGAGCUGACGCUGCUAGACUCUUCUGGAGCCUUUGUAUCUCUUUCUCUUUUCGGGACCCAGGCGAUGCCGCUACGUCAGGAAGUUCUCUCGAACUGUCCGCUAGUGGCUGCCAAGGGCGUCAGAGUCAAUGAAUACGGCGGCCGCGCCUGCUUAAGUUCCUCCGCACAAAUGAAAAUCCACUUCUUCCACGCAGCUGCAACCGCAUCAGAGGCAGCUGAUGCGCCGCAUGGGGGAGAGCAGUGCGGUGUUGACAAAAGUGAGGUUGUGAAAGCGGCUGCCGCGCUGCAGCUGGAGGAGCCGGGAACCACCAGAACCUUCCGAGUGGUAGCAAGCGUCUUCGAUCUCCGUGGCGACAAACUCGUGUGGCUGUGA